UAGUGUUCGCCGUGUGAUUAUUGCACGAACACUUCGUUACUUAGAAUAACUCAGUAAGUUCUGGUGCUACUUUAGUCUUUCUUGCUUAGUCAAACGCAGCCGGACCGACUUCCUGUUUGACUUCGGCGGGGAAAAGCUGCCCGCUGAGCUGGUAAAAAAGAAAAUGACGGGAGGCAAAGGGCAGGCGGUUCGCUGGAUCAUUGCCGCGGUUUUCAUCGCAAAUGUUGCUUCGACUUUAGCGGAUCGGCAGCCUCACGUCGUGUUCAUCCUGGCAGAUGACUUCGGCUGGUACGACGUCGGCUACCACGGCUCAGAGAUCAGGACGCCAAACCUAGACAGGCUGUCUGCCGGAGGGGUCCGCCUGGAGAACUACUAUGUGCAGCCUCUGUGCACCCCCUCCAGGAACCAGCUCAUGACCGGGAGGUAUCAGAUCCACACAGGUAUGCAGCACCAGAUCAUCUGGCCCUGUCAGCCGUACUGCGUGCCUUUGGAUGAGAAACUGCUCCCUCAGCUCAUGAAGGAGGCGGGGUAUGGCACACACAUGGUGGGCAAGUGGCACCUGGGCAUGUACAAAAAGGACUGCCUGCCCACACGCCGUGGCUUUGACUCAUACUUUGGUUACCUUACAGGUAGUGAGGAUUACUUCACUCACAUCCGCUGUUACCAGAACUCCUCUCUGAACCUGACUCGCUGUGCGUUGGACCUUAGAGAUGGGGAGGAGGUCGCCACGGGAUACAAAGGAGUCUAUUCCACUGAGCUGCUGAGCCAGAGGGCCAUCAGCAUCAUUGAAAGGCACAACUCUCAAAAGCCACUCUUCCUGUAUGUGGCACUGCAGGCAGUUCAUUCACCCCUGCAGGUGCCAGAGCGCUACGUGGCUCCCUACAGUUUUAUCAAAGACACCAAUCGCAGGCUGUACGCCGGCAUGGUGUCAGCUAUGGACGAGGCGGUGGGCAACAUCACCCUGGCUUUACAAAAGGGAGGACUCUGGAACAAUACGGUCCUCGUGUUCUCCACAGAUAAUGGAGGUCAAACACUGUCUGGCGGCAGCAACUGGCCACUGCGAGGGAGGAAGUGGUCACUGUGGGAGGGAGGAGUCUGCGGAGUUGGAUUUGUUGCCAGCCCGUUACUGAAACAGCCGGGCACCGUCAACCGCAAACUCAUUCACAUCUCAGACUGGCUGCCCACACUUGUCGGCCUGGCAGGAGGAAGCACCAAAGGCACAAAGCCGCUGGACGGCUUCAACAUGUGGAACACGAUCAGCAAAGGGUUUGCCUCACCCAGAGUGGAGCUGCUGCACAACAUUGACCCUCUGUAUAAUGACAUUGCUCCAUGUCCUGGCAGACAGCGUGAGUUAACUUUGGCUCAGAUGGUCAGCAGAGACUCGUGGACCAACUCCAGCUUCAAUGUGUCCGUUCACGCAGCCAUACGAUCCUCAAGCUGGAAGCUGCUGACUGGGUACCCAGGGUGCGACGUUUGGUUCCCCCGGCCCGGCGACAACACCUCUGAGUCGAGCUCCUCUAAGGUGGACCAGCUGAAGCCUGUAAUGCUGUUUAACAUCGAAAAAGAUCCAGAAGAGAGAAAUGAAGUAUCAGCUCAGUUCCCCAAAGUAGUCAACCAUCUCCUCAGUAGACUAGAGCAGCACCAGAGACGCGCUCGGCCCAUAAACUUUCCCGAUGAUGACCCCAGAUGUGACCCAGGCCCCACUGGAGCCUGGGGGCCCUGGGCUUAGGCGGAUAUUGCAAAGGUUGUAGCACUUUGUUUACAGCAGGAAUUUUUCUUUGUGAAAAGUUUUACAAAAAGUUUUAUUUGGACAAUGAAGUUUUUUUUUUUUUUUUUUAAUUUAAGCUAAUACCAAACAAUACAGAAGAGUUAGUAACAGAUGCUGCUGUUACUAUCAGUAUGUGUUACAGAGCUUCUAUGCUUUCAGCUGUGUUUGCUGCAUAUGUUGCUGAUCUGUAAAGACCAUCUCCCUGCUGUUCCAGGUAUUUGCACUUUCAUGUAUCUGCUGCUGAGUUGGCUGAGCUGCUGCGGCCCCUAACCAUUUCCACUUUGCAAUAAUACCACUCACAGGUGAUUGUGGAUAAUUUAAGUUUGAAGAAAGCUGCUUCAUUUUGUGCACCUGUGGCAGUGGGACUGAAAACAUCUGAACUCAAUGGUGAAGCGGGGUGGCCCAGUAUUUUGGUCCGUAUAGCGUCCCUCCAAAGGGAUAAUUUGCAUAGUUGGAAUCUGAGCAGGAGAAACUAAUUUCUUUCAUCUAUACAUCCUCUUUGACCUUUAACCCCUUGGUGUUUGACCUUCCACUAACAACGGCAUGCAGACUACAACAGGAAAUGCUUCCUGCCAAGAGCAGGCGGCCCCGUCCGAAUGUGGGCUGUGACCCUUAACCUGCCGUGCUGUGCAACAAAACAAACAACAAUGCUGCUGCUACAAAAAAACCUAUUUCUCAUUAGCAAGUUAGCGAAGCUCCCCUUUUGCUUAUCGCAGUUAUCAUCCUCAUCACCACAGAAACCAAAGCUACAAUGCUGAUUAUGUUGUAGCUUACUCUCAGCUCUUUGCACCGUGUGGCCACUUGUAUUGUUACCACUCAAAUCUGUGCAUUGAAUGUGAAGGUGGUAUCGGGACCUGGCAAUGCUUGUGGGGUAUGUACCUUGUAAUAUAAUGUGUAUAUAAUGUAAUAUAAAAAUAUGGCUCCAAGCCCCACCUACUUCAAAUGAGCAAGAAGCACUUGGAGCUAAAGAAUACAGCAUCCUCUCAUGAAUCUCUGACUGUCUCAGUGUGAUGCUGAUGGAGAGACAUGGAUGUCCAAGUUACUGUAAAGAUCUCCUGUUGUUCUGCACUCAGCUACAUUUUCAAAGCAUCAAUGAGCUGUUUGCUUUAAUAUCGUCUCAUUAAAGCACACAACUGAUUAUUAAUCAAAUGCAU